AUGCCGAAGCCGGCGCGACUAACGGCUGACGGGGACAAGGAGCUCGAGUCCGGGCAAAGGCGGCCGCUGCUCAUGGAAGGAGAGGUUCGGAAUGUAGCACGCCUGGCUGCGGCGGGGGAGGGAAAAUCGGGCCGUGGCCCAUCGCCGCAAAGAAGCGACGAUAGGCCUCGCGGCGGCGCGGCGUACGAGUAUCCUAGCAUGGCAUCGCCGGGCGGGGACCUCUCCGUGGACUACACCUUCAAGAGGAUGCGGCCGAACAAGCCCAGUAUGACCAUAACACACGAGACAACGCGGUGCGCCACAGGUGGCCCACGGCACCCUGUCGCGGACAGCAAAAACUCCGGAGCUAGACGGCCGGGUGGAGACGUUUACCUGGUUAUUAUCGUGACCGUUAACCUCGUGCUGGUCUCCAACUGGAUCAUCCAGGGGCGCAACGCUGUCCCGUUGCGAAGUUUUGGCACCAUUACAUGCAGGCUAUUCGGGUCUGACGGACAUUUUUCUCGCCCUGCUUCCGUGAAAGAUCCUCGGCGGCGAACUCAGUUCCGAAGUCAUGGCUUUCUUAAGAUCCCGACGCUCUAUGUCAUCAGCGAUGGCAACUCCGAGUCGUGGUCCCCUUGA